UUCUGUUCCGACAGAGUGCUCCACUCUCAGUUCAGCGCAGCGUCUUUUGUGGACGCGCACAGUUACGAUUAGACUUCCCGAGCUGUGUUAUCACCUACAGCGCUGCAGUCGCAAUAAGUCCGCCAAUUCCGUCAGACGUAGUGCGCCAUUAGUUUUAGAUUCGAAAGUAAUCAGAGCGAUUCAGACGUUCCGUUACCGCGUGUACAUGUUUACAAAUGAUUGUGCUGAGAACUGUAAUAUAAAUGUAGAGUGAAAUAAUAAAUUAAUCAAAUUAAUUAUGUUACAUUGCUAAAUACAAGAGGAAUCUACCUGUGACAAUUUAAUUGAACGUAAACAGGAUUCAACAAAACCUACAAGCAAGUUUAAUCUCAGUGUCACUUUAAACUGCCGACUCGCAACUAAUUGUAAAAUCAGUAAGAAAACAGCAUGGUUUUGAAACAUCCAAUCGUAGACGCAAACAACCCAAAUACUACAAUAGGUCAGAUAAUACCCUCAUCAACUGAAAUGAGAUGUAAUACAUCAUAUAGCCAACAGGAUUAUAUUGAGGUUGAGUUUCUCAGACAUUCUACAAGCUGCGACCAUGUUAUCAACGAGCGUCUGCUGAAUUGCUGUCCAAUAAGGGUGAACGAUGGCAAUGACCGCCUGACCACUACCAUUAGUAAAGAAACACUCACAAUGUUUGAUAGACGUAAUGCCACGAGAACGUCGAAUCGUCUUAUCUCUAAUGAAUCGGCCGACUCGAUUGGUUCGAGCUUGACAGAUAAGAAGACGCCAGCGGUACCUGAUGGUGGUUACGGCUGGAUCAUUGUAGUAGCCUCACUCAUUGUUUCACUAAUCGCUGAUGGUUUAGGGUUCUCAUUUGGUCUGAUUAAUUCCGAAUUGUUAAAUUACUUUGGAGAAUCUGCUUCAAAGACGGCGUGGAUUAGUUCAUUAUUUUAUUCUGUGCCACUAUUAAUGGGACCGAUUUGGUCGAAUCUGGUUGAUAAAUAUGGCUGUCGUAAAAUGACCAUAUUUGGAGGUUUUCUAUCAGCCGUCGGAUUUGGUCUCUCCUCACUUUGUAACUCUGUUGAAAUGUUGAUGUUGACCUUUGGUAUCAUAUCUGGUUUGGGACUGGGAAUAGGAUAUGUAACAGCAAUUGUAUCAAUCGCUAUUUGGUUUGAUAAGAAACGAACAUUCGCUACUGGCAUUGCUGCAUCUGGCACGGGAAUCGGCACAUUACUAUACGCACCUCUGACCCAAUGGCUUAUUGAUAGCUACGGUUGGAGAAUAGCCACAUUAAUUCUCGCCGGCACUAUGCUGAACACUUGCAUCUGUGGUGCGUUAAUGCGUGCUCCUGACUGGUUAAGUGGAGAAAAAAGACUAGAAAAGGAAACUCGUUCACAAAGUUUACCCAUAUCUCCCAUUUCCAUUAUAAACCAUAAAGAAAAUCCAACGAAGGAUACGUUAAAUGAAAUCAUUUUGACUAAAAGUAAUGCAAGUGGGAAAAAAGAAAUCCAUGAUACCAAUUACAUGAAACGUUUAUAUAGCGAGAUGCUCUGGAGAUCUCAAAAUUUAGACCACGAGUAUAAAGUCAGAAGUCUGAAUCCGCAUUUGUCACAACGAUUUAGAGACGAUAUGAAAUCGUCUUCUCAUGGAAACAUGCCAUCUUUGACAUCAAAUGGACCCAAGAAAACAGCAGUCAUUAUAGAGUCCCAAAUUAACGCACUCAUAGGUGACAUUACUGAGACUACAAUUGAAGUCGAAGAGUUGAAUAUAGAAUCUAUUAAUGCCGAGUAUAAUAAGCAGUUAUCAAAUGAGAUUGCCCGUAGAUUAAAUAAUAACGGUUCUUCACUAAUUUUUGAAGAUAAUGUAAAAAAUCUGCCUAAUUGUACAAAUAUUUUGAAGCUUGAAAAUGAUGUUUUCAAAGACUCCAAACAUUGUAUAGAAGCUCAUAGCCCACCAAUGAAGUUGAUAUCAUGCUUGAAUCUACGACAAACUAGCUCAAUACCGAGUGCCAAUCUUCAGAAGAAUAUUCAAAUACACAAUAAUAUCUCACGUGACCGUAGUACAACUUUGAAACCAUAUUUUCGCCGUACAACUUCCUGUCCGAAUAUCUUUCGGCAUUCUACAGCGGUAUACGCAAAGGUGAAAGAAGAGACUUGGUACGAAUAUGCGGUUGGCGCCAUGAAGUCGUCGUUUAAAUUCUCAUUAUUUGCGGAUGCGCAAUUUACACUAUUUAAUUUGUCAAUAUUAUUUUUGUUCAUUUGGUUCAUGAUUCCAUAUCUUUAUCUGCCGGAGCAUAUGAAAAUUCACGGCUACGAAGCAGCGGAGAGUGCGCAUAUGAUUUCGGUUAUUGGAAUCGCGCAAACAAUCGGCAUGAUCGGUCUGGGAUAUGUGGGCGAUCGUUCUUGGAUGAAUGUGAAUAUCUGCUAUUCGGCGUGUAUGGUAGUUUGUGGAAUCGCGGUGCUUCUAAUGCCACUCGUGGUGAACACCUAUGUUGAACUAUUGCUAACCUGUAUAGUCUUCGGUUUCACAUUUGCCAGUUCUUAUUCGCUUACGCCAAGCAUUUGCGUAAGAAUUGUGAACUUGGAAGAUUUUACUUGCGCCUAUGGUUUGGUGCUGUUGGUUCAGGGCGUCGGUAUGAUAGUGGGGCCACCAAUUGCUGGCGCAAUUUUUGAAAUGACGCUGAGAUGGGACGACACAUUCUAUUUUGCUGGAGCAUUUAUAGUCUUAUCUGGAGUGGUCUCCUACCUGAUUGAAUUCUGCGAGAAGGGAAAGAAAGUCAGAUCCAGUGAUGUUUCCAAAAUAUAGAAAAUUCAAAAUUCGUCUUGUACCUUUGUAUGAAAUCGCCCCGAUUGAUUGUGAAUUUUUAUGGCUGACAAAUUUGUUAUUUCUAAUUGAUAAGUUUCUUGUAAUUUAUUAUACCUCAGAAGAAAUAAACGUUAGUUUUUUAUUAUCAUUCA